GCUAAGCUCACGCCGCACGUGUUUGCAUUGAGUGUCAAACGAGGCGGCAAGUAACCUCGUUAUUGGUGAUUCCUGGGAUUGUGGAUUGUUUUGAGUGAAUAUUGGCUACAGUUUUAGCGAAAGGACAGUAAAUUGAAGCAGAAAAAUGAAGGUGAAAUCAAAGGGUCCAGUGGUUGCAGCUAGGCCCAAGAGCCUCGACAUGAAAAAGAAGCCCAAAAAACCAUUUUCCAACGGAGUUUCCAAAGGGGAAGUGAAUGAUCCCGUCCCUGCGAAGCCAAAAAUUUUGAAACCUGAGAAGGAAGCAAAGGCCAAACAGUUGAAGAAGGAGAAGAAAACUAAACCAAAAGAAAACGGAGCAACGAUCAAGGACGAGAAAGACUCAAGCGAGGCAGAAAUCACUGAGGACCUGCCAAAGACCAAAAAGUCUAAAACGGCCAAGAAAAGUGAGUCCAAACUCCACAAAAAAGACCUCGAAAGCUUGAAAGAAAUCGAUCCUGAAUUCUACAAUUUCCUGCAACAAAACGACAAGAAACUGCUUGAUUUUGCCCUGGAAGACAGCGACGGAGAGGAAGCAGAAAGCGAUGGCGAAGCCGAGGACCAACCAGGCAAAGACGAUGAUGAAGAAAUGGUUCAUAAACCGAGUGGAGAGCUAGAAGUGGCCAGCGAUGAAAGUGAUUUCCACGACAGCGAUGACGACGAUGAUGAGGACGGCAAGCCCGAAUCGAAAGUGGUCACCCUGAAGCUCCUCAGACAAUGGCAAUCUGACUUGCAAGGAAGCAAAGUCAAAGCCGCAACAAUCCGGAAUGCAAUGCAAGCAUUCAGCGCAGCGCUCGCAAGCGUAUCCGACGGGGAGAAAGGAAAAACCACAUACAAAGUCGAGGGUGCGGCUGCAUUCAACGGCGUCAUCCAGCUUUGCGUCCUGCACCUCCAGCCGGCAAUCCACAGAUUCUUGGGCAUGCAUGAGAAAUCACAACUUCCAAUCCACAAAUCCAAGAAUUUUAAGAGAGUUCGGGCUCCCUUAAAGACAUACCUCAUCGAAUUGUCGCUGAUAGUCGAGCACGUUUCGAGCAGCAACAUUUUGCGAGUUAUCCUGAAACAUCUGCAUCAAGUGGGCAUUAUGUUGAUGUCGUUCCCCUGGCAAGUAACCAAACCGAUCUUGAAGCGCUUGGUCGUUUUGUGGAGUACAGCGGAAGAGGAGACAGUCCGCGUGUUAGCGUUUCUGUGCAUCCUGAAAAUAACGCGCAACCAACAGAAGACAAUGUUGAAUAACGUUUUGAAGGCAAUGUACCUUGCCUACGUACGGAACUCGAAGUUUGUGAGCCCAAACACAUUGGCUAACAUAAAUUUCAUGCGUCGGUCGCUAGUGGAGAUGUUCGCCUUAGAUUUGAACACAACUUACCAACACGCCUUUUUAUACAUCCGCCAGUUGGCCAUCUACCUCCGAAACGCUGUGAUCCUGAAGAAGAAGGACAGCUUCCGAGCUAUCUACAAUUGGCAAUACGUCAACUCAAUCCGAUUGUGGGCCGACCUCCUCGGGGCUACCGCACACAAGCCGCAACUGCAGCCUCUGGUUUACCCCCUCAUCAGCAUCACGACUGGAGUAGUCAAGUUGAUUCCCACUGCGCAGUAUUUCCCUCUGCGCUUCCACUGCAUUCAAGCUUUGAUAUCGCUCCAGAAACGUUCAAACACCUUCAUCCCUAUUUUGCCCUUCAUUCUGGAGGUCCUGAACAGCAACGAAUUCAACAAGAAACACACAAUCGUCUCUAUGAAACCGAUGUCUUUCGCGUGCGUUAUCCGCCUGAAUAAACCUCAAUUGGCCGAAAAUGGUUUCCGCGACGAAGUCGUCGAGCAAGUGUGCGGUCUCAUGCUCGAGUACCUUGCACACGAGUCCUGUUCACUGGCCUACCCAGAUCUAGUUGUUCCAUGCGUUCUCGCUCUCAAACAAUAUCUGAAAAUCUGCAAAAAUGCCAACUACUCCCGAAAACUGAAACAAUUGUUGGACAAGAUCGUGGAAAACUCGAAGUUCGUCGAACAGGAACGAAAGAAAGUCAAUUUCGGGUUGCAGGAUCGUAACUUGGUGACGUCUUGGGAAACUCAACUGAGGAACAAAGGCACUCCAUUGGAUGUGUACUACUCCAGCUGGGUGAAAGCUCAUGAAAUGAAACGGAAACGACAGGCCGCCAAUACCGAUGACAUCAAUGACUUCGAUAUUCCCAAGAUAAAGAGGAAGAAGGGCGAGAAGCAAAGCGAAGGCGACGAUGGACCUGUCGAACUGUUCCCAUCUGGCAGCGAGGAUGAAGGCGAGGUAAACGGCGAUGCAGAAAAGGCGAAGAAGGAAAAGAAGAGCAAAAAUAAGUUGAAGGAGAAGAAGGCCAAGGUUCCGGAACCUGAAGCGGAAAGUGAAGCCGAAGAGGAAGACGAUAACGUUGAAGAUGUUGAUAUUGUAAAAGAUUUAGAUUUGAAUGAUUGGUAAAUAAAGUAUUUUUAAGAA